AUGCACAUCAAGGCCCCCAAGAUCUCCAUGCCUGAUGUGGACAUUAAUCUGAAAGGCCCCAGCGUGAAAGGGGACAUUGAAGUCUCAGCCCCCAAGCUGGAAGGUGACCUAAAAGGCCCUGCGGUGGACAUCAAGGGCCCCAAAGUGGACAUUGAGGCACCUGCCGUGGACCUUCACGGCCCAGAAGGGAAAUUCAAACUGCACAAGUUCAAGAUGCCCGAGAUGCACAUCAAGGCCCCCAAGAUCUCCAUGCCUGAUGUGGACAUUAAUCUGAAAGGCCCCAGCGUGAAAGGGGACAUUGAAGUCUCAGCCCCCAAGCUGGAAGGUGACCUAAAAGGCCCUGCGGUGGACAUCAAGGGCCCCAAAGUGGACAUUGAGGCACCUGACGUGGACCUUCACGGCCCAGAAGGGAAAUUCAAACUGCCCAAGUUCAAGAUGCCCAAGUUCGGGAUGCCGGGCUUCAAAGCGGAAGGUCCGGAGGUGGACGUGAACCUGCCGAAGGGAGACCUGGAUGUUUCUGGUCCAAAGGUGGACAUUGAAGGUCCAGAGCUGGAUAUCGAAGGGCCAGAGGGGAAGGUGAAGGGCCCCAGGUUCAAGAUGCCUGAGAUGCACAUCAAGGCCCCCAAGAUCUCUGUGCCAGACUUCGAUCUGAACCUGAAAGGCCCCAAAGUUAAAGGAGACGUAGACGUGUCAGUGCCAGGAGUUGAAUGUGAACUGAAAGGUCCGGAGGUCAAUAUCGGGGCUCCUGAAUUAGACAUUGGUGCCCCUGAUGUCCACGUUGACAGCCCGGAGGGGAAGUUCAAGCUGCCCAAGUUCAAAAUGCCCAAGUUUUCCAUGCCUGGUCUUAAAGGGGAGGGGGUGGACCUCGACGUCAACCUCCCGAAGGGAGACAUUGACAUUUCGGGCCCCAGCGUAGACGUAGAGGCUCCUGAUCUGAACGUGGAUGGAAAAUACAAAAGUCCCAAAUUUACAAUGCCCGAAAUGCACAUCAAGGCCCCCAAGGUCUCCAUCCCUGACGUCGACUUUAACAUCAAGGGGUCUCAGCUGAAAGGAGAUGUAGACGUUUCUGGACCCAGGCUCGAAGGUGACCUGAAAGCACCCCACAUCGAUGUGAAAGGCCCCAAAAUCGACGUUGAGACUCCUGACGUGACCAUCGAAGGGCCGGAAGGGAAACUCAAAGGCCCAAAAUUCAAGAUGCCAGAAAUGCACAUCAAGGCACCCAAGUUCUCCAUGCCCGAUGUUGACUUUAACCUGAAAGGCCCCAAAGUGAAGGGAGACGUGGAUGUCUCGGCACCAAAGCUGGAAGGGGAUCUGCAGUGUCCAGACGUUGACAUCAAAGGCCCCAAGUUGGACAUUCAGGCGCCGGAUGUGAACAUUGAAGGUCCAGAUGGGAAACUCAAAGGGCCCAAGAUAAAGAUGCCAGAGAUGCACGUCAAGACGCCCCAGAUCUCCAUGCCAGACAUAGACUUGAACCUGAAGGGACUGAGACUGAAAGGUGACGCUGACCUUCAGGGCCCGAAGCUCGAGGGAGGUCUGAAGGGUCCUGAAGUUGAUAUCAAGGGCCCCAAAGUAAAUCUUGAGGGGCCAGAGGUUGACAUCGAUGGUCUGGAGGGAAAAAUGAAGCUGCCCAAAAUGAAGCUGCCCAAGUUUGGCUUUAAAGGAGAAGGUCCUGACGUGGACAUGAACCCGCCAAAGACAGAGGUGGAUCUUUCAGGCCCCAAGGUAGAUAUCAGCAUCCCAGACGUGAGUGUGGAAGGUCCAGAGGGCAAACUGAAAGGUCCUAAAGUGAAGAUGCCAGAAAUGCAUGUGAACGUUCCAAAAAUCUCAAUGCCAGAGAUAGACUUGAAUUUGAAAGGCCACAAAGCGAAGGGAGGCUUUGACGUUUCGAGCCCAAAGGCAGAAGGUAACCUGAAAGGUCCCCAGGUUGAUAUCAGAGGCCCAGAACUGAGAGUCAAAAGCCCUGAGGUUGACAUCGAGUGUCCCGACCUGAACAUCGAAGGCCCGGAGGCAAACAUCAAACUGCCCAAGGUGAAGAAGUCAAAGUUUGGGUUUGGGAUGAAGAGCCCGAAGGCGGAAAUGAAAGUCCCAGGGGCAGAAGUGGAUUUACCUGAGGCGGAGCUGAACGUGGAGUCGCCCGACGUCAACAUCGGCGGGAAGGGGAAGAAGAGCAAGUUCAAGAUGCCAAAGCUUCAUAUGAGUGGCCCGAAAGUGAAAGGGAAGAAAGGCGGGUUCGACGUGAACGUGGGUGGGGGAGAGCUCGACGCCGGUUUGAAAUCUCCCGACCUGGAUGUGAACGUCGCUGGUCCGGACGUGACGAUGAAAGGUGACGCUGCGGUGAAGUCCCCCAAAGGGAAGAAACCCAUGUUUGCGAAAAUCUCCUUCCCAGAUGUGGAGUUCGAUCUGAAGUCGCACCGGUUCAGAGGGGACGUUUCUGUGGCCGCCCCCAAAAUCGAGGGAGAUCUCAAAGCGCCUGAUCUGGAAGUCUCUGUGCCAACUGGCAAAGGUGAUGUCAAAGGCCCGAGCAUCCACGUGGACGCUGAAGCUCCUGAUGUGAGCCUGAAGAAACCGAAGUUCAAACUUCCCGGUGGGCAGGUGGGCGCAGGGGACUUGAAAAUCGAGGGCGACCUGAAGGGACCCACCAUUGACGUCGCCGUUCCCUCCAUCCCGGUGCCAGAUGUCGACUUAAACGUGAAGGGACCAAAAGUCAAGGGUGAAGUCGGCGUUCCUGGAGUAGAACUGGAAGGUCUUGAUGGAAAGCUGAAGUUGCCCAAGGUGGGGAAAACGGGUCUUGGACUGGAAAUGCCGGAGGCAAACUUGGAGAUCUCGGUCCCAGCUGUGGAUGGAAGCGUGAGCCUCCCCUCAGCUGAUGUGAACCUCCGUGGUGGUGAUGUCAAACUCAAAGGGCCCCAAAUCUCUGGACUUGAUUUCGAUGGAAACCUGAAAGGACCAAAACUAAAGGGAGAUCUGGAUGUUUCGGGUUCUGUGGAAGGGCCAAACGUCCACCUGGAGGCACCGGGCAUCGAUGUUGGAGAGUUGGGAGGAAAGCUGAAGCUGCCCAAGUUGAAAUCCCCCACGAUGGAGGCACCUGACCUGAGCGUGAAAGGAGGCGUCAACUGCUCCGUCCCACCACUGGAGGUGGACGUUUCUGCCCCGGGGGCGAAUCUCCAUCUUGGCAGCUCCGGCGUCGGUAUCAAAGGGCCCUCAGUGGGCGUUUCUGCGCCGGAUAUGGAUGUAAACCUGAAAGGACCAAAGUUGAAAGGAGAUCUGGACGUUUCUGCCGGCGUUAAAUCCCCCAAAGCAUCCGUGGACGCAUCCGACGCCGGCUUUGAAAUUCUGGGUGGCACCAUCAAGCUUCCGUCCCUCAAGCUGCCCCAGUUUGGUGUGGAUGGAGCUGACGUAGGCGUCAGUCUUGAAGGCCCCCAGGUGAAAGGAGGCCUGAAGGGCUCCGGGGCUGGUGUUGGAUUGGAAGGACCCAACGUGGAAGUGAAAGGGCCGAAAUUUCAAGUGCAGUCCCCUGGCGGUUCCCUGCCGGACGUUGACCUGAAGCUGAAAGGACCAAACCUCCAGGGAGACGUGGAUGUUGGCGGCACCAUCAAAGGUCCAAAAGUCAGCGUGGAAGCGCCUCGUGUCGACGUCAGGGAGCCCGGAGUGGGCGUCCACCUCGACGCUCCCGCCUUGGACGUGUCUGCACCGAAGGUUUCAGGGUCGGGAUUUAACGUCAAUGUGAAAGGGCCGAAGAUCAAAG